GAAUGCUGCUAUCAUCCUUGAGGAUGUGCCAGAUGUGCAGACUAUCCUUGAGGAGGCCACUGGCAAUUGGCAGUUGAUUCCGAUUAGGUUCAGCCCCCUGUACUGUGGGCCUGUUGUGAUCAGGAACAAUGCCGGUCCGGUGGUUAAAGCGUGGAGAACUUUCCAGUUCAUCAGCCCCAUCAUCACCUACAUGCGUGGGGGAUCCCAGCAGGUGGUGCUGAGGAUGCACCAUGUGAGUAGGGUGAGAGGCCUGGAGACUCAACUGGUGUGGGCCAUCUCCAAGGAGACAGCCAGGCUUAAUCCAGAGGGCAUCCCCUACUGUGCCACCAAAGUGCAGUCCAUCACUUGGAUCCAGCGUGUGGCUGGCAGGGUGACCCACUAUGCGUCUCACCUCCGCCACGAGACGUCUGUGGACGUGACGCUUGGCUGCUACCAGCAGACUGAUGUCUCAGUGGUGUACGCCACUCUCCACAUGGGGCUGGAUGGGCUUCUCUCCUCUUCAGCGUGGUCGGAGGCUGCCUCCUUCUCUACGCCCACCACUCAGCAGUUCUCUGACCCAGAGCCUGAGGGCCACAACUGCUAUGAGGGCUGGGAGGAGGACCUGCUGCCUGAGGAGAGGGAGGUUCCUCUGCUAAACCUCUACCUUACCACCAAGAGAGUGGAGGACAUCGCCCUGAGGCUCGUCUCCCUGCGCCAGGCCUUCACUACCCUGCUUGGUUCCACCCUGAGCAGGAACCAUCUGUUUGUGGCGGGAAAGGUCCUCCUGGGCGCACUGGUUCAGGCCAACCACAUGGACGAGGCCAAGUUCCUCCGUACCUAUAAGGACUUUGUGGACUACCUGAGUGACCCCUCCAAGCGGAAUGACAUUGAGAGGGAGCUGGCUGAGGCAAAGAUCCAUCAUGUGAACAUGAUAGAUGUCCUCUUUGAGCUGGUGCUGUUUGGGUUAAUGACAGCUCAGAAGUCCCUGAUGGUGCACCCUGGUGGGUUCGUGGAGCGUCUGUACGCUCUCCUGUACUCCUUCCUGCCCACUGCUGCCAAUAUGGAGCCAGAGGCUGACAGAUACCUGCUGCUGCUCAAUGAUUCUUGUGACACUUUGCCACCCAACAGGGAUCUAGACACCAAUGCACUACAUUACUUUGCACUGAAUUUUACAUUUUUAAAUAAAACAAGUUGGCGCGUGGGGGGCGACAGGGGGCCUGGCUGGCCCUGA